AUGAUUAAUUUAUUAUUGAAAUAAGUUUCACAAUUCAUAAUUUGUUUAAUAUCAGUUAACAAAAAUUUUGUAAUUAUGGAAUAUACGGCGGAAAAUUUAGAAAAAGCCGUCACAUUAUUCUAUCGUUCAGAAGCUGGACAGCAGGCGCAAGCACAUCAAUGGUUAACCGAAGCACAAAGUUGUCCACAAGCAUGGAGUUUUGUUUGGGAGUUACUUCAACCACAGAGGAGUUCAGAGGUGCAAUUUUUCGCGGCAACGACUCUACAUACGAAAAUUUUACGAUAUUGGCACGAAGUACCGACUGAACAAUAUGAACCACUUAAAAAGCAAUUACUGGACGCGAUUCUUACAUAUGCUAUGGGCCCAAAGAUAGUAUUAAAUCGUUUAUGUAUUACUCUAUCAGCAUAUAUUUUGUAUACAAUACCUCAUUACUGGCCAAAUGCUUUUGCUGAGUUGUUAACUAGUUUUCAACCACAAAACUUACCAAAUAUUCAACCUGAACGUAUCAUUUGGGUUCUAUUAGAAAUUUUAACAUUGAUACCUGAAGAAUUCCAAAGCAUGAACUUUUUAUUAACACAAAAAAAUGUUGUAAAAAAUGAACUACAAAAUGCAUCCAAAGAUGUUUUAAAAGCUAUUGAAGCUUACAUGUCCACAAUUAUGUCCAAUACAUUUAGUUCAGCCGAUAUAACAACAUAUUUACAUGCAGCACGUUGUGCACAUGCUUGGUUUCAAUUUGGUGGUAUAACAAUUGCUAAUUGUGAUAAUAUUAUACAAUAUUUAUUAGAGAUAUGUGCAAAUUGUUAUUGGAAAUGUUCAUCACCAAGCGAUGGUCUAUCCAGUGACGAAACUGAAUUAAUUGAGGCAACUCUAGAAGCUAUUUGUACUAUUGUGGCUCAUCCAUUAUCACAUAAAUAUCCAAUGUUAGUGACAAUUCAAUUAGAUCGUAUUAUGAAUAAAUUAGUGAAAAUUUUACAAGCAGAACGUGGGAAAAAUGAUUUUGAUAUGAAUGUUCAAGUACCGAUAUAUUCAUUAAUAAUCACAUGUGCUGAAACCCAUUCAAAGAUCUUAAUCGAUAAUUUAAUGAAACCACCAGAUUCUAGGGAAUAUGAGCUUUCGUUGUGUAUAAUUCAUACAAUUUUAAUGUGUACAGAUACGAAGGGGGCUCAUCCUAUCGAUGAAGAAUGUAGUAAUUUAACAUUCGGGUUUUGGUAUUUAUUACAGGAUGAAGUAAUUAAACCAAAUACAGAAAUAUCAGAAAGUGUAGUGCAAACGGUUAAACCUAUUUAUAAAGAUUUGAUAUCGGUAUUGCUAAGAAAAUCAAUGUUACCGAGUAAUGAUGAUGAUCCAAAAUGGUCAUCAGAAAGUAAAGAAACUUUAAGAUGUCAUCGACAAGAUAUCGCUGAUACUAUGAUGUAUAGUUAUAAAAUUCUAGACGAUGAUCUCUUAAACAUUUUACAAGAUAAACUACACGAGUCAAUAAAUUUUUGUUACGAAAAUGUUGAAAAUUGGCCGCAUGUUGAAGCAUGUUUAUACGCAUAUUUUGCCAUAGCUGAACAUUUUGAAUGCGAAGAAGAAGGCGUUCAUUUACCAGAACUAAUGCAAAUUUUAACGAAAAUCCCGUACGAGAAAUUGCAUGUGAAAGUAUUAUCAACCGCUUUGGAUAUAAUUGGAGCAUACGCAACAUGGAUCAAUGUGCAUCCUUACGUGUUAAAUAAUGUGAUACCGUUAAUCCUUUUAGGAUUAAUGAAUCCUGAUGUAGGUACAAGUUCAACGAUGGCUUUGAAAGAUAUUACACGCGAAUGUCAAGCACAUAUACAUUCGUAUGCGAUACAAAUAUUACAAACAACACAACAAGUUCUGCAACAACGUAUCCUACGCGUGCCGGAAAAUAUACGAUUAAUGUAUUCGGUGGGGAAGGUAUUAAGUGUAUUACCGCUAGCGAAUAUUAUGGAGUAUUUAAAUUUUAUUUUAAUACCAAUUAUUGAAGAGUUUCAAACUAUUUUGGAUGAUACACAACCGUUUAAUAACGCAACAAGAAGUUUAAUUAUCAUUAAAUUACGAAUGAUUGCAAUGUUAUUUUCAACAUUACAUACAAACAAUAUCCAAUCAGAUGAUAUAGACGAAGUCAAAAAAGAAAAUUUAAAUAAUACACAAAGUUCAAGUAACAAUGCGCCAAGUAGUAAUAAUCAACCGCAGCCCACAUUAAUUGUAUUACAAAAAAUUAUGCCAUUAUUUAAUCAAUUAGCACGGAAAACAUGCGAAGAUGUUGAAAUUAUGGAUGUUCUAUACUCAGCAUUGAAACAUGCAAUUAUUACUCUAUUAGACGACUCAAAACCGUUAGUAAAUGAUAUUUUACAAUUAUUAGUGAAUGGAUAUCGAGUUAAACCGCUUUGUUCAGCUUUGGUGGUGUUUAGACAUUUAAUUUUAAUGUUUGGCAAGGAUAGUGAAUUUUCGCAUACAAUGCAUUUGUUAUUGUGUGAAAUAGUGAAUAUAACUCUGCAAUUAACAGCCGCCAGUAAAAAUAUAUCAGAAAAUGCUGAUGUUUUGGAUGCAUUUUUUGCUGUAUUGACACAAUUAUUCAAAAAAUGUCCAGAGUUAUUGUAUCGUGAUGGUAUACAUAUUUUAGCUUUAUUUCAAUGUGCUACUGCAUGUUUGGGUGUACCCGAAUUAUCAACAGUAAAAUCUGCAGCAAACUUUCUAGUAAAAUUCAUAUUACAAAGUAGAGAAUGUGAACCAUUAUUAAGUACCGUACACACAGCGGGUGAAGCACUAGUCAUCAAAGUAUGCGCAUGUAUUGGUGGUGAAUCACCUCGAACAGGCUUGGAUCCAUUCGCUGAUAUACUAUUAGCUUUAAAUAAAAAAUUCUGUGAUUAUUUGGCACGUUGGUUUGCCAUUAUUGUUGCUCAAGAUGGUUUUCCGUCCCGUUUACCAACAACCGCCCAAAAAGAACAAUUCGUUAAAUCUGUUUUAAGAGAGAAGGCGAAUAAACACAAAAUGAAAGAAACAAUUAAAGAAUUCUCAUUAAUAUGUCGUGGACUAGUUGGUACUGAAUAUGGAUCACACAACUCAUAUUUAUAAAAGAAUUCAAAGGAUCAACAAGGAAGCGACGGAAAAUUAUGGAAGAAAAUGAAAAAAAAUUCAACUAUUUUUGAAAUGUGAUAGAAAAACGUUUUCUUUUUUCUCUUUUUUUUAAUAAUAAACG